AUUGUAUUGUAUCUAGGUACCUGCUUGGCCCCUGAUGCGCUAAGAAGUUGACCUCGGCACGCCCGCGCACGAAUCAGAACGUAAGCAAUUCAAAGUAAAGCAGCUUCGACUCGGCCCAGAAGGUCAGCUAGCAAAACAGUUACAACGAAAUAUCAAGCCCGACAAUCCCUUUUUCUCAUUUAUUCUCGUCUUUACUUUAAACUUUUUUUUUCUUUUCCUUCAGACAACUUUAUAUCCUCUCUCUCCACCUUUUUCUUUCUCCUGCCUCCUCUACAUCAUCACUCCCACCGGUAGUUAAAGGCAGUUCCGUAUAAAUAAACCACAUCAAUCAAAAUGGCACCUCGAGUAAUCGUCGUUGGUGGUGGCUUGUCCGGCUUAAGUGCUGCGCACACAAUCUACCUAAGUGGUGGUAAUGUCGUAGUACUUGAUAAGCAAGGAUUCUUCGGAGGAAACUCAACCAAGGCCACAUCUGGAAUCAACGGCGCUUUAACGCGGACACAGGUUGAUAACAACAUCAAGGAUAGCGUAAAGCAGUUCUACGAUGAUACCCUCAGAUCCGCACGAGACCAGGCCAGACCCGAUCUCAUCAAGGUCCUCACCUACAAAUCUGCAGGCGCUGUUGAGUGGUUACAAGAUGUUUUCAACCUGGACUUGACUUUAGUUUCACGACUUGGUGGUCACUCUCAACCCAGGACACACCGAGGACACGACGCUAAGUUCCCCGGUAUGGCCAUCACAUACGCCUUGAUGCAAAGGUUAGAAGAACUCGCCGAGGCCGAACCCGAACGCGUCCAGGUCAUCAAGAAGGCUCGCGUCACAAACUUAAACAAGGAUGGUAACAAGGUUACCGGUGUCACAUAUGAGGCCGGUGGUGAGAGCGCUACUCUCGACGGUCCCGUCGUCCUUGCUACUGGUGGUUACGCCGCAGACUUCGGCGAGAACUCCCUGUUGAAGCAACAUAGGCCAGACACUAUGGGCCUUGCCACCACCAACGGCUCGCACGCCACCGGUGAUGGACAGAAGAUGGUAAUGGCCAUCGGAGGAAACGGAAUUGAUAUGGACAAGGUCCAGGUCCACCCCACAGGCCUUGUCGACCCCAAGGACCCCGGCUCGAAGUGGAAGUUCUUGGCUGCUGAGGCCCUGCGUGGUGAGGGUGGUCUCUUGCUCAACGCUGACGGUGACCGAUUCUGCGAUGAGCUCGGCCACCGAGAUUAUAUCUCCAACAUGAUGUGGAAGGAGAAGGACAGGGGCAAGUUCCCUAUCCGGCUUGUGCUCAAUUCCAAGGCCUCCAGCGUCUUGGACUUCCACACUCGUCACUACACUGGCCGUGGCCUGAUGAAGAAGCUGAGUGGCAAGGAGCUCGCAAAGGAGAUUGGUUGCACGCCCGAGCAUCUCCAAAAGACAUUCACCACCUACAACGCCAUCGGCGAGGGUAAGCAGAAGGACCCCUGGGGCAAGAAGUUCUUCCACAACUUGCCUCUGGACAUCAACGAUAACUUCCACGUCUCAUUGAUGGAACCUGUUCUUCACUUCACCAUGGGUGGUGUCGAGAUCAACGACAAGGCCCAAGUCCUGAACCAGGAGAAGAAGCCUUUCGAGGGUCUAUUCGCCUGUGGUGAGUUGGCCGGUGGUGUCCACGGUGCUAACCGACUUGGUGGUUCCUCGCUUCUGGGUUGUGUAGUCUACGGCCGUGUUGCUGGAGAGUCGGCCAGCAACUACUUGUUCCAGCAGGCUCUCUCUGGCUCUGCCGGAGCCGCCCAGCGUCUUGGUCAGAUCUCCCUACACAUCGACCCUUCACAACCGGGUAAGGUGGAGAUUGAGUGGGGAAACGGCGCUUCGAGUUCAUCAUCAUCAUCCGGAGGUGCUGAUCAAAAGGCCCCGACGGCAGACGGUGGCAAGUCAUCCCAGCCCGCAGGAAAGGCCCAGGAGGCAAAGAAGUUUGAGAUCCCUGAGAAGGAGUUCACGCUAGAAGAAGUAGCCAAGCACAACAAGAAGGAAGACCUUUGGGUUGUUGUCAAGGGUAUCGUCUUGGACCUGACGAACUGGCUCGACGAGCACCCCGGCGGCCCCCAGGCCAUCAUGAACUACAUGGGCCGGGACGCGACGCAAGAAUUCGAGAUGUUGCACGACGAUGAGGUUAUCCCCAAGUACGCGCCCCAGCAAGUCAUAGGGCGCGUCAAGGAACAGGAGAUUACCCUUAAGAUCUAAGCGUUACUUGCUAGCCCCUCCCCCCGAAAAACAAAACAAGAAAAGGAAACAAAAACUUUAAUCCGGCGGCGCUUUGGGAAUUGGCUUUACAUCGUGCAAAGACCCAUUUCGACAUUUUUUUUGUGUUCCUGACAGGUACCUAGGUUAAAUCCUUCCGUGUAAUGAGAUACGCCAGAAGCACCCCAGACUUUAUUAUUAUUAUUAUUACCAUAUGGGGUGGGCGAAAUAGUAAAAUCAGCAGCUACGCGAGCCGCUUCUUGUUAUUGUUAUUGUGGUCGUCGUUGUUGCAUUGGGCUGAAUGAUGAUGGCCCGGGGCCGUAUGUAUUGAUAUGAUAUGGUAGUAUAGGAUUACGUCAAGAUGUAUCAGCAUUUUAGGAAUAUAUCACUUGGAUUUUAUGUCGUUUGGAGUUUGGAGUUGAUC